AUGGCUAGUCCAUCUAGAUUUCCAAACGAUAUCCGGUUAAUCUUCCUUUUGCUAUACGGUCCAAUUGGAUUGGUUCUACUCAUUUUACGCCUUGCUGUCUAUCUGCAGCUGCAAUUAGCUGCUCAUUUCAUACCAUGUUACUAUGGCUCUAUAAGAAGGUUUAUAUUGCAAAGUAUUUCAGCUGUUUGUGGUAUGCUAGUGCAUUGUUCUGGCCGUCAUCAGUUAUCCUCGAAUAACAAGGUUAUCGUCAGUAAUCAUGUAUCGGUUAUGGAUGCUACCGUAUUGAAUACGACGUUACAAGUCAAUAGAUCAUAUAGCAAAGAUUAUUAUCCGUCAAGAGAAGAAUUCCUUAAGGCUUGUAAAAGCAAAACUGAGUUAUCUCAACCCAUCCUUCUUUUCCCUGAACGCACUAUUUCCGAUGGAAAAUCCUUACUAGAAUUUUGUGAUUGGAUUUUCGAGACAGAACAUUCUGUACAGCCAAUUGUAAUUAAAGCUACACGACCAUUUCUUGGUUAUGUCAGAUUGACUACUCGAACCAGUAAUCGAUGGGAAGACCUAUUGUGGCAUUUUUUCGUUCCUUAUACAUUUUAUGAUAUACGUAUUUUACCUGUCUUAUCAAAGGAUGCAAAUGAAUCUAAUGAUAAAGCUAUAUUUAGAUUACGAAAGGAGAUAAGUGAGGCUUUAAAUUUGCGAAGUGAUCCAAUAGUCUCUGAACAGUCUUCGUUAUCGGCAUCCCAAAUAAAAAAACAGGCAGACGAUGGUGUUAUAAAUAGCGAUAAUCCGCAAACUGAAGUUGUUCAACCUGUGACACCACAAAAAGAUAGCAGUAAAUCCCCCAAGACCACAACACCUACCAGGGAUACCAGACUGGCCAAGAUGGUGCAACAAGUGCAAGAUGUUUUUCCUCAGGUUCCUUACGAUGUAAUUCAAAAGGAUUUAGCUAUAACUAAGAACGUUGAUGACACUAUUGCUAAAAUCUUGGAUGGCAGAAUUAAGUAUACGCCUGUAACUCCACCUAAGAAGACCGAAAAUAAUGAGAUAUCUACAUCACCUAAUAGAAGUUUAUUCUCAUCUAAGAACUUUGGAAGAAGUUCAUCAGAAAGACUUACGUCUCUAUUAGAUCGAAGGGAAGCUUUAAUAGAAAGAGCACGGAAGAACUACAGAGAAAACUUAGAAAGUAAAUCGAAGUAG